ACUACUGCUACUCCAACAACAACAACUAAAUUAUCAUAUUCUGCUGAAUAUUAUUAUUAUUUUUUUUAUUCAAAAGACAUGGCAACAUUGUAUUCUAUUCUAAUUGCACCAUAGGUUCUCUGAUUAUCUGAUGUUGUUGUUACUUCAUCUUCUUCUGUCACGUUAUUAACACAUUUUCCCUGUUUUAUAAUACUCUGCACUGCAAAAUCCAAGUUCAGAGCUUCACCGUACUAGUACUACUACUACUGCUACACUUCUACUUCUACUACCACCCCAUUUCAAUUUUCUUUCAAAGUUGCUUCCUUUUUUGUUUUUCUCACCUUCCCCUUCAGUCUUUUCCUUCUAUAUUGCACCCUUAUCAUUCUAGAACCUUCUAUUCAGUGUCACUCGAUAACCUUCUGGGGUUAGAAUUUCGAAUUUGGAAUUCCAUUGACAUAUUUGGGUUUAUCUUUUAACUUUUUCAUCUGGGUCUUUUUUUUUUUUUUUGUGUGCGGUAAAUUUGGAUGGUGAUGAUCUCUUCUUCUCUUAGAUCUGAACUGUAUUAUUUAGGGUUUAUGCCUGUGCUUUGUUCAUAGCCUGUAGAAUUUGGAAUUUUCCUUAGGUCUUGGAAAAGAAAAAGAACCCUUUCCUUUUUUUCCCCAUCCCUAGAUUCCUCUGGUUGUGGCUACGUGAAAAGUAGCAGAUUCCUUUGCAAAAUAAUGCAUCUUUGUCCACAAGAUUAAACUCUUACCACUCUUAAUAUCUCCCCUUUGUUAUAUAUAUCUCUCUCUCUUCUUUUUAAUUGAAUAUUUACUUGAGUUGCUAUGUAUGUAUGCAACUAUUGGCUAUAGCUUAUUAGAAGAAGAAGAAGAAAUGAACAGGGGAAUUGAAGUUCUGUCUCCAGCUUCUUACCUUCACAACUCAAAUUGGUUGUUCCAAGAGAGUGCAGGAACCAAAUGGACACCACAAGAGAACAAGCAAUUUGAGAACGCUUUGGCGCUCUUCGACAAGGAGACGCCGGACCGGUGGCUGAAGGUGGCGGCUAUGAUCCCGGGGAAGACGGUUGGUGAUGUGAUCAAACAGUAUAGGGAGUUAGUUGAAGAUGUGAAUGUAAUUGAAUCUGGGUUCAUACCAAUUCCAGGGGGAACUACUGAUGGUUCUUUCACAUUGGAGUGGGUUGAUAAUCAUGAAUUUGAUGGGUUUAAGCAAUUCUAUGGUGUUGGUUGCAAAAGGGGUUCUUCCACUAGGCCUUCUGAACAAGAAAGGAAGAAAGGUGUACCAUGGACUGAAGAAGAGCACAGGCUAUUUUUGAUGGGUUUGAAGAAGUAUGGUAAAGGUGAUUGGAGAAAUAUAUCUCGAAAUUUUGUUACAACAAGGACGCCGACGCAAGUUGCAAGUCAUGCUCAGAAAUACUUUAUCCGGCAACUUAACGGCGGCAAGGAUAAGCGGAGAUCCAGUAUCCAUGAUAUCACAAUGGUUAAUCUCCCUGAAACAAAGUCGCCUUCGUCGGAAAGUAACAAACCUCCCUCUCCAGAUGCAAAUUUGAAUCAGAAUCAGAAGCUUUUGUCAAGCAUGGUUAAACAGGAAUAUGACUGGAAAUCACCACCAUAUGAGGGUGUGCCUUUGGUGUUUGAUUCAACAAAUGGAAAUUCGUUCAUGACACCUUUGUGUGGAGCUUCUUCAUACGGAUCUAAACCUCAGGAGCAGUAUUUACUCAGAGGAACUUUCCAUGGAUUUCAAUUUGGACCUUAUGAUACUUUUAUGCAAAUGCAACCAAUGCAACCUCAGUGAAACUAGGCAUGUAUAAUUCAGGGUGUAGAAUUCUGAAAAAGGAAGGACUUAUCUGGAAGAAUGUCAAGAGCACAAGGAAGUUAUGUGUAGCUUGUGACUAUUCACCUUUUUGGAAAAUGCUUGCAAUAAAAAGUAAUGUUAUAUGUGUAUUAUUUUUGUGUAUAUUAUUUUGUAUAUUUCUUUACUUUUGAUAUUAAAAGUGGAUGAUAAAAAAUUAAAAAAUCAAAAUUAUUUUUUUUAUAUAUUUAAGAAAAUAUACAAAAAUAUACACACACAAAAAAUACAAAUAUUAUCUCCAUGCAAUAAAUAUGCAGCUUUCAUGUUCACAUAUUGAAUGAACAAAGCCAAAGCCAUCAAUCAUAUAUAUUAGUGGUGUAAUUUUGAAAAAAAAAAAAAGAGAUAUUUUAGGGGGUUGUAAUUAAUGCUUUUAGACGAUUAGACCAUAAAGCUUUUUCAGAUAUGACUUGGGGGUGAUUCAUGAGGCACCUGGGCCUUAGCUUUGUCAAAUAUGAGUGAAUAUUUUGGUAUAGAAUUG